CUUUGCUUUGAAGGUCGUUGAGUUGCGAAAUCCGCUAAUCUCUUACAGGCUCAAGCAGAAGCCACCAGGAAUCCGACAGUCUGGACCAGCCGCUCAAUCUGCAUGACGCACACGAUUCGAUGGUCAAGCGCGACCAAUGCACCGCCUGUGCAAUGGCAAGACAAAGUCGCCUGUGGUCGAAGUCGAGCAUCUUUUCCGACUUCUAUGGGCGGUACAUAUAUACAUGUUGGACCAAUCGCUGCCAGUUUUAAGCCGCAAAUCUUGGCAAACGACACACCUCUCACGUGAAAGUGGACUGGGAUGCCCAUGCCCACCUUGCAAGAGCCAAAAGCCAUGUGACGGGGACCCUAUGCUCGAUGCCCGCACCGUCCCCGAUACCAGUGCGAUCGACACAGGCCACCACGAGUUUGCGGAUUGUCACGUGCGGCCACCACGGAACUCAGACGGUAUUCUUCGACCCGAAACACGUCGCGCGGCCGUAUUGCGAGCAUCUCCGCACGAGCUUCAUGGCCACUUCAUGGUGCUUUGCCGCUCUGUUGCAUGAUCGCUGAAAAGUAGCAGCAAGACGUUGCGAGAUGGCUCGGCUAGUGGGUUGACUCUGCACAUGAUCGCAAACCACCAAGCUUUGCUCGAGCGCUGAACCAUGUCACCACGUCCACACCAAGCUCCAGGUUGUACAUGGCAUGAGCAGUACACCCUUGCCUCUCUAUUGCAACACUGCGGAUGACUUUCUCACUGGUGACUGUUACGUUGCGGU